AGCUCUGGCAGCAUUUCUUGUCGACGUGGGAAGGGAGGGAUUCGGACACAAACAAAUGUCCAGGGGUUUGAUGUGGGGCAACGUUACAGACAACUGGGGCAUGCCAGGUGGAUUCGUAACUCCAUGACAGUUGAAACAUGUGGCUCAAACCCGAUGAGAUUCUGCUGAAGAAUGCGUUCAAACUGUGGGUCACGGAAGACGACAACGAGUACUUCGUACUGCAAAGGAGACGAGGUUACGGAGACGGCGGAGGCGGUUUGACAGGCCUCCUUGUGGGAACUCUGGAUACCGUGUUGGACUCCACAUCCAAAGUCGCUCCCUACCGCAUUCUGCACCACACACCUGACUCUCAGGUGUAUUGGUCCAUAGCAUGUGGUGUCACCAAGGAGGAAAUUGUUCAGCACUGGGAGUGGCUGCAGCAGAACAUCAUGAGGACGCUCUCUGUGUUUGACUCCAGCGAGGACAUCACCAGCUUUGUACAGGGCAAGAUUAGAGGUCUUAUUGCUGAGGAAGGGAAGACAUCCCUGGUGCUGGAGGAAGACCCUGAGAAGUUUCGGGAAGCCCUUUUGAGGUUUGAGAAGUGGUUUGAGCUGCCACCGAAGGAAAAGCUGGUCACAUAUUACUCAUGCAGCUAUUGGAGAGGCAAAGUGCCCUGCCAGGGCUGGCUCUACCUCAGCACAAACUUCCUUUGCUUCUACUCCUACCUGCUGGGAGCUGAGGUGAAACUCAUCAUCUCCUGGGAUGAGAUCUGGAGGCUGGAGAAAACCUCCAACGUUAUCCUGACGGAGAGCAUCCACGUCUUGGCCCAUGGGGAGGAUCAUUACUUCUCCAUGCUGAUGCACCUAAACGAAACAUUUGUUAUCAUGGAACAGCUGGCAGACUACUCCGUCAAGCGGCUUUUUGAUAAAGAGUCCUUCCAGAGAGAGCCAGCGCUCUCCGACCCCUUGCAAAUUACCAAGAGAGGUCUAGAAGCCCAUGCAAAGAGUGAGCAGUUCCGGACAUUUUUCAGGCUCCCCAAAGAGGAAAACCUGUUGGAGGUGCAUGAAAGCUUCCUGUGGGUGCCCUUCAGCCAUUUUAACACACUUGGCAAAAUCUGUCUGUCUGAGAACUACCUGUGUUUCGCCAGCCAAGAUGGAAGCCAAUGUCAUGUCAUCAUCCCAAUGAGAGAGGUAAUCAAUGUUGAGAAGUCCGACGCCAGCAGCAGGGCUCUAACAGUGUGCAUGCGUGGCAAGAGGGCGCUGCGUUUCUCCGAGGUGCGAGGCUACCAGCUGCUCGCCAACACGAUCCGGAGCAGGUGCGGGAUUAGUGCGAGCCCUCAGCACUCGGCAUCAUCAGAGGCCAUACGGGGCGAGUGCCAGUCGCUCAUCAACCACUUUGAGGACAACCCAGAGGACGUAACACUGAUGGUGGGACAGAAAGACAGCAGCAAGGCUGUAAGCACCGAGGCUCUCAUGACCGUUUUCCACCCGCAGGAUGUCGAAAACCUUGAACCCAAAAUGCUUAAAGAGAAGAUGAAGGAACAGUCGUGGAACAUCCAUUUCUCUGAAUACGGACGAGGCACAAGUAUGUUCUUCACCAGGAAGACGCGGGACUUGAUUGUUCGUGGUGUGCCCGAGGCCUUGAGAGGAGAGUUGUGGAUGCUUUUUUCAGGGGCUGUCAACGACAUGGCCACUCAUCCCGGCUAUUACUCCGAUCUGGUAGAACAGUCCUUGGGCACAAGCACUUUGGCUACAGAUGAGAUUGAGAGAGACCUGCACCGCUCUCUGCCAGAGCACCCGGCCUUUCAGAGCGACACAGGAAUCUCAGCUCUACGCAGAGUCCUUACCGCCUACGCAUACAGGAACCCCAAAAUUGGCUACUGCCAGGCCAUGAACAUUCUCACCUCAGUUCUUCUGCUCUACGCCAAAGAAGAGGAGGCUUUCUGGCUCUUGGUAGCCGUCUGCGAGAGGAUGUUGCCAGAUUACUUCAACCGCCGAAUAAUUGGUGCUUUGGUCGACCAAGCGGUGUUCGAGGAUCUGAUCAGAGAAAACCUCCCCCAGCUGGUGGAGCACAUGACAGACCUGAGUUUCUUCUCGUCCGUGUCCUUGUCCUGGUUCCUCACGCUUUUCAUCAGUGUCCUCCCGAUAGAGAGUGCUGUGAACGUGGUGGACUGUUUUUUCUACGACGGCAUAAAAGCCAUCUUGCAGCUGGGCCUGGCAGUGCUGGACUACAACUUGGGGGCUCUGAUCAGCUGCCAGGACGAUGCAGAGGCCGUCACCAUCCUCAACAAAUUCUUUGACAGCGUGACAAACAAAGACAGCCCCCUUCCAUCAACGGUGCAGCAAGCUUCAGUGGGUAAUAACGAUAGAGCCUCGCACCUGAAGGUGGAUAUCAGUGAACUGAUCCGAGAGGCCUACGAGAAAUAUGGAAAUAUCCGUACGGAGGAAGUCGAGAGUUCACGCAAAAGAAACAAACUGCACGUGAUCCAGACACUGGAGGACACAACCAAACAAAAUGUGAUUCGUGUGGUGACCCAAGAAGUCCAAUUCAGUGCCUCACAUCUCGACAGCCUUUAUAACUUGUUCAAAAGGCAGCAUUUCCUGUGCUGCUAUUGGACAAUGAAGAGUCCAGCGCUGCUCCAUCAUGACCCCAGCCUGGCCUAUUUGGAGCAGUACCAGUUGGGUUUCCAGCAGUUCAGCACCCUCUUCUCUCUGCUGGAGCCCUGGGCUUUCUGCAACUCCAAGAGCCCCCUCUCCCUCUGGGUCUUCCGCCUGAUCGACGAAAACCAAGACGGCCUCGUCAACUUUAAAGAGUUCUGCUUUGCCCUCGAUACCUUGUACAGUGGCUCGUUCACAAAUAAGCUGAAAUUCCUCUUCAAGCUGCACCUGCCACCAGCUUUUACAGGGAGUCCUUUGCACUUAAAGGAACAAAGAAUUAUUCCCGUGGCUGAAGACUCUUCUCACUUGAGUAGACUCUCUGCGUUUGAUCUACCAGAAGAUGGCGUGAUUAAGAAAAGCCCUGAAAGAGGUAGAGGAAAAGUGGACCUACAGGCCUACCUGAAACAAUGGCAGAACGAAAUACUUAGGAAAGAGGAAACAAUUAAAGACCUACCCCGCAUCAAUCAGACUCAGUUCAUCCAGUUCUCCAAGACUCUGUACAACAUCUUUCACGGCGAUCCAGAGGAGGAGUCUCUAUACCGAGCCGUGGCUCAUGUGACCAGUCUCCUCCUGAGGAUGGAGGAGGUGGGACGCAGGCUGCAGGAGCCCAGCAGCCCGUCAGAGUCCACGAAAUCCGCCGACACUGCCGGCGCUGCGGAGGAGGAGGAGGAGGAGCCUUCGGCGGGAGAAGCUUCUACCACCCCGGAGAGCUCCGGCUCCCGCAACAGUCAGGAUGCUGGGGCCGACCUCACAGAGAUGCAGUGGUCCUUUUCGUUCGAGCAGGUCCUGGCCUCUCUGCUCAACGAGCCGACCAUAGUCCGCUUCUUCGAAAGGCCUGUUGAUGUUCACACUAAACUGGGACAAGCGAGGGUCGCCCAGCUGAAGCUGAAGGCCAAUAAGUGAAAGGGUACAUAAGGGAAUUGACGCUUUGCUUCUCAUUCAAGUCACUAUGAAUUUCCCUUCUCCGCCUGGAAAGGACAGCGGGCUGCUGUUGUUUUUUGUUUUUGGGUGGAAGACUGUGGUGUCAUAAAUGAAGAGGAAAAAAAUCUGUGUUUGGCUUUGAGCAAUCACAGCUUAUGAAACUAAUUAAGUCACAAAACCGUAUAGCCACUGCUGUUACAGUCCACUGACCAACACCGUCAGUGCAUUUCCAUGUUAGACCCCGUCGCAUAUUGUAGGCUCUCUCCUCAAAUCUGAUUAUGCAUUCUCAAGCUCUGUGAUGAAGGUCAUCCUCUCAUGUAGCCUCAGACUAUAGUUUUCCCUCUAUGCAUCAUGGAGCAUCCACAGUAUAGUUGUGUAUUUUGUUAAAGGGGCAUUUGGUCCUGUUCCUUGUAUUAAGAAACAUGACAGCAUGUGGUCCUGCCCACUCUCUGAUGUCAUGAAGCUAAAGUUCGAAUCCAUGUCUAACGAUUCAUCCUGUGGAUAUCUUGAUAUAGUUUAAUAGAUAUUCUCUUAAAGACACCUGGUCUCUGCUAAAAGAAACUAGUGUGCCGUGUGACUUAAGUGUCUGCUGUUGUUAAUCUUGUGUAAACGUCAACCUAUUGUGAGAAACGACGGCGUUCGUGUCAAAGAGGGACAGAAUAAAAGCCAGUACACUGAGUAAGGACCAGCAGCGUUGUCCCUGUACGUCCCCGACACCGUCUCCUUGAGGAUGUCUGAUGCAUUUGAUUCAGUACAUUCAAUCAUGGGAGUAUACCGUUGCAAUAAUGCACAAGAGAGGACGCUGCACCGCCACAGUCAACUGUCUGCUUCCUUUAACCACAGCACACGCUCCGAUAGUACCGCAGCAUGACUUCAAGCAUGUCGCACUGGAAGCUACGGCCAGUAAGGCGAAACCAUUAGAACGCCACAGUGCUGCUGCUGCUGCUGCUGCUGGAGGGAAAAUCUUCUGCACCGCUAGCUUCAGAGGGCGAUCGGACGGUGUGCUGUACGCUCGUUUUCGUCUAGAUGUGUGUGUGCUCCGUACAUAUAGGUCAGUUCAACAGUCGCUUGAUUAUUGUAUUUACGAGGCAAUGUAAGAUAUGAGCAACUUAAACCCUUCGAAGGACAUUUUAUUUUAUCAUAUCUCAGGGUGCAAUUUGUGUAAAAAAAAAGGGGUGUAAGGGAUAUUUUUUGAGAUCUGUAAUAUAUUAAAUAUAUAACAGAGUUACAAAUAGUAAUAUAAAUGUAAGAUUUAAAUGUAGUGUAGCAUAGAACAGCCACUAUAACUGCCCACCACAGAAAGCCAAAUCCUUUUUAUCUGCUCAUUUGCUGCUGCUUAGCUUUUUGGCUUCUUUCUCAGUGAAUCUUCUGCACAAGGGUUUGAGAUUCUCCCGUUAUUGAUAAAGCCUGUACCUCGGCCAAAUCUCGGAGCGUUGGAUUCCAAAAAGGGUUGUGACCGCUUCAGCUGCAGCUCGUGGUCUCGGUGGGCCAGAUUCAGAGCGCCGCCUCUGCCUGUCGGUCAGAAACAGUGUUUUUAGGAGCUCUAAAAGUGCAAGUGCAAUUGUCUGUGUCGUUAAUUUUGAUCGUUUUGCCAUCUGCUGGUAACAUUUAGUGGUUUUGUUUUUCAUUAGGCUUGAAGGAUCAAUCUGAUUGUAAGAGUGAGUUGUACAUACUUUUUGAAAACACACUGCUGCCACUGUUUACAUAGCUAAUGUAAAA